AAUUUCCAAUGCGAAAUUCAACCUCUGAUUUUCCUGUCGCGUCGAAAUUUCCCGUGUUUUAGGAUUGUGUCAGCCUCUGAAAAGAAUCUUGCAUAUGCCAUGUCAGUUCGUGGAGAGUCGUCUUCGGAACCCGUCAAAGGUGGCGCCGGCGACGUGUUUGAGUACGGAAGCGGGGGCUUCGUUUGCCAGGGCCAUUAUCGCGAGGAACCGAAGAAAUUGAAGGUGCUUCUCUUUCCCGAAACGGCGCGCGGGAAGCAAGCUGUAAAGGAAGCCGCAGAGGAGGCAAAUCACAAGAUAAAGAAAUCAUGGCUUAUAGCGCAACUGAAACAUUAUGGACUUCCAGCCCGCUCGAGUGCCACCGUUGGCGAACUUAAAGAGCAGUUGCAAAACAGUUUGAAGCAAGGAUUGUGCACGUCUGUUCCGGCAUCAAUGCUUUCUCUGGAAGCUGAAUUGCGCAACUUGUUCAAUCGCAAGAACACAGCUCAGGGCGGUGGACCCGCUGGCCAGCGCAACCCCAAGUCAACGGCCCAGCAAGAUCCAAACUUGUUCAUCUCUGAAUAUUACCUUGGCAUCUCAGGGAAACCUAAUCGCUCCAAGUCUCGCAAACCAAUUGUUCUCGUAGGUCUGAAUAGCAACGAGCGAGCUGCUAUUCUUGCGGCUGCGGAAAGGGUUCCAGGGCUUGAGACAAACAGUGCAGGAAAUGACCCCCACCGCGUGCUAGCAAUUGGUUGGGAUCGAAAUGCUGUCUGGGACGAAGCUUCCAAGGCUGCCUCACAGGCGAAUUCCCAGCCUAAGGCCGAUAACGAGAAAAAGUCACGGCAAAAACAGACGCCUCAAGCAUCGAAAACGAAGGCUGAGGCACCGAAAAAAAGUACAAGUCAUAAAACUGACGCAGACUCAAAGAGCAAGGCAGCCUCGAAGGAUGAUUCUCAGCCAAAGCGUCAAACUGGGAGAAGGUCUCAGCCCUUUUCUAUGCCUGCACCCCGAGUGAAGGUCGAAGAAAACGAAGAUAACGUAGAGAGUGGCUUUAUUCCCAUCGAGCCGCUGUCCAAUGGAAAAGAUAAGGAUAAUUGGAAACGUGCCGUUCGAGGUUAUUAUUCAAUCGAAUGUGAUGAUAUUACAGAGCAGUGGGAUGUCGAGGACAUGAACCUGUCUAUUGUCCCUCACCAAAAGGAGGGAUGUUUCCAAGGGGAUAUGGAUUUUGGCGUCCUGGAGGGUACAAUGCUUUUUGCCUUUACGGAGGAGCAACUGAUGCAAGUUCGUGAAGAAGAAGAAUAUGGUAAAAAUGGAGGCUAUGAUGACGAGCCGGUUGCUGGCAAACGCAAAGCACAGACGGCAGCUACAGCGGUUUCCAAGAAGGCCAAGACGACAUCCAACACUCGAAGGCUAUAUCUCCAGUGGAGAGGCAGAGAGACCGGCGAGGGUGAAAUACAGCUCGACUACGAUAAUGAUAACGUUGGAUAUUUGGACUUUACGGACGAUACUUGCGCGACGUUUCACGGCCAAAUAGACAUUUCUUUUGUGAAAAGUUGCGUCAAAUUUUCCGGCUUUAGACGUCGGAACACGCCGCAGACAAAUAGUUCGUGGAUGGAUUAUUCAGAGGAAGCAUAUAGUUAUGCAAGUAGACGGCGAUGGGGUGGUUGGUAGUUGGCUCUUUUGGCUAUUCAACUCUUGACAGUUUCUUAUAACGGGAGGUCUGGAUUAUUUUAUUUUAUUUUAUGUUAUGUUUCAAAUCGGUG